AUGGGAAAUGUCGGGCUGAGGCAGCGAGAACAUGGAGUUCGCAAGGUCGGCACAGCACUUGCGGCGCUUUUACCAUGGGCCUCUGCAUGUUUCACUGAGCCCUUUCAGCCGCUGAGUUGCCGCGCCACUCAGGGCGAUACGGCGCAGGGCCCGAAGGCGCUAAAACGGCGACGGUCGACAGGUUUCGACCAGCGGGCACGGCCAUCUUUUAGCCGCCGUUGGCUCCCGGGAGGGGGAACGGCGCCGGUGAUGGGACCGACGCGCGAUGAGACUCCCUUCGUCUCGUUCUCACGCCUCGUUUUUAUUCCAGGGAGGGGACCUGCUAGUCGCAUUAAAUUGUCCACUAGUCGGUCUUUUCAAUUCAACCCUUUACCAUGGAACCCUCCCCCGGACCACCAUCUCCGCCCGUCGGGUGUUCCCAGCUUCCCGUUCCCUGAAGCUUCCGACUUCAACUCUGUGGUCUACGGCUUCUUUGGCUUCUUCCAAGCAAGGGGGGAAAGAUCCGGGUCAUUUCAAAUGAGAAGCAGAUGUGGCUGCCCAGGUCAAGAUUUCCCGAGGAAGGCAAUUCUAGAAGACGAUCUCCGAGGGGAAGCAAGAAGUUGCAGCUGCGGGAAACAACCAUGGAAUUCCGGGGGAAUAGGAAGAAAGAAAAAAGAAUGCGGCGACGACUUGGCAGGCCCGCUUCAUUUUCCUCCCCAAGAAUGA